UCCCAUAUUCAUGCUCGCCAUCAUUGACGGCAUUGAUGAUGAUCCCCCCACGGAGAGACGAAGAAGUCCUCCCUCGAAGGAAGACAAUCUGAGAACUCUGCGGAGCAGAGCGAGGCACUGCGGAGCCGGAAGAGACGGGUGGACAAAACGCACGUUUCGCCGAGAAGUCAAGAGCAGGUCGCGACGGAUUAAAAAACGGGGCCGGAUGCUCACACCAACUAGUCUCGCGAUCGCUCCCGUGCCGACGCUUCUCGCGCUUCGCCCUUUCUCUCUCUCCGACUCGCAGCGCUCUGGCGACCUCGUGCGCUUGGGGAGGCGUCCGGGCCCGUACGAGCGAUCGAAUGAUUGCGUCGUCCUGCGUCCACCGACUGGAGAAACACGCGACGACCGCAUCGUAGGCUGCGCGUUGCUAUUUACCAUUAGCAUUGAGCUAUAAGAGGGCGAGCUGGUCUCGAGCAGAAGCCAGAGCGUCGGGAGAUCGAGCCUGUUCUUGGGAGAAUUGUCGAUCCGUCCAGGCGGCAGAGCGAGUGCUUCUUUCUUGUCUUGCGACGAUGGCCCCCGCGAUGGACGAGGCUUCCAUCGCUCCCCGCGAUGUGUGCAUCGUGGGCGUGGCGAGGACGCCCAUGGGAGGGCAGAGCGGCUCGCUGUCGAGCCUGGCGGCCACCAAAUUGGGAUCCAUCGCCAUCCAGGCCGCCCUGAGCCGAGCGGGAGUGGACCCGGCGCUCGUGGAGGAGGUCAUCUUCGGGAAUGUCCUGAGCGCCAAUCUUGGCCAGGCGCCGGCUCGGCAAGCGGCUCUGGGCGCAGGCCUGCCGCACUCCGUCGUGUGCACGACCGUGAACAAGGUUUGCGCCUCGGGCAUGAAGGCGACAAUGCUCGCCGCUCAGAGCAUCGAGCUGGGUCAGAACGAUGUCGUCGUCGCGGGAGGCAUGGAGAGCAUGUCGAACACUCCCUAUUAUCUGCCGAAAGCCAGAACCGGGUACAGAUUGGGACACGGCGAGGUUUUGGAUGGCAUGAUCAAGGACGGUUUGUGGGAUGUUUACAGUGACAAGGGCAUGGGGGUGUGCGCAGAGCUUUGCGCCGAUAAUCACAGCGUGACCCGCGAGGAGCAGGACGACUACUCGAUCCAGAGCUACGAGAGGGCUAUCGCAGCAACCAAUGCCGGUGCUUUUCAGUGGGAGAUUGUCCCUGUGGAGGUCCCCGGCGGCAGGGGCAAGCCGAAUGUCGUCGUAACGAAGGACGAUGGCGUGGACAAGCUCGAUGCGGCCAAAUUGAGGAAGCUCAGACCAGCUUUCAAGGAGGGAGGAAGUGUCACCGCCGGAAACGCUUCCAGUAUCAGCGAUGGCGCUGCAGCGUUGGUUUUGGUGAGCGGGAAAUUCGCUCUCGAGAAGGGCCUCACCGUCAUUGCCAAGGUGCGAGGCUACGCGGAUGCCGCUCAGGCACCCGAGCUUUUCACCACUGCCCCGGCUCUGGCCAUCCCCAAGGCGAUUGCCAGGGCUGGCAUCGACGCAUCUCAGGUGGACUUUUACGAGAUCAACGAGGCAUUCUCAGUUGUUGCCGUGGCCAACCAAAAGAUUCUGGGCUUGGAUAUGGGAAAAGUGAAUGUCCACGGAGGAGCUGUAUCACUCGGUCAUCCCCUCGGCUGCAGUGGAGCUCGAAUCCUCGUUACUCUUCUAGGUGUUCUGAAGGCCAAGAACGGCCGAUAUGGCGUCGCUGGAGUCUGCAAUGGAGGAGGAGGAGCGUCGGCCUUCGCUUUGGAAUUGACGCCAACAUUUUGCGGCAGCAAUUUGUGAUGACUGUAGUGAGUUCGUGAUUAGAUCAUCUGGCUCUCUUUCUCGUGGGUCUUGAAGCCGCUCCAUCAUCGAACCCAAUCCAUUUUUGGCAGCCCAGCUGAAGUAUGCAUGUACCAGUAAAGGCGAUGCGGAGGAAUGUCGCAUGAGAGCAUUUAGACGAGUCUCCGCGAUUCGUUCCUCGGACGUCGAAUUCCCUCGAAUUGACGGCAGUACUGUCAGUCUAUCGUUCAUAGAACAGGAUGAACCUUUCCGAAAAUACGUCGUAAGACGACUUGAGGUCCAUCUGAUAGGGAUGUACGUCUGAGGGAAAUUUCCACAUGUUUUUAGAUUUCAACCCUCGCCGUGCGGUGGAUUGACACCAAUCUACCAAUCUGUCAUAUUUCUGAAAAGACACUAAAUUGUCACAAUUUUCCGUCCGUCAUCAUUUACAC